ACUGUAAUUAUUUUGGUAACCCAAGACACAUACAUAUAUGUAUAUAAAUAUAUGUAUAUUUACAACUCCUAUCUCUUUGAGCCUUCAGACAGCUCUAGCACGUCCCUGUGCCAGUUUAUUUCGUGCAGGUGGCUUGAUGUGAAAGAUCUGACAUUAUUUAUUGAUUGAUACCAAUAUUCCACAGAAACACAGAAAACUAAAAGGAAAUCUUGCACUUUAUUGGCUGUAGAGGAGCCGUGGCUUUGCCCCAGGGUGUCAGAUGUGCCCUACUUUGGAUAUUCCUGCAUUGAAUGUCUGAGGAGCUCCAGCCGAUCCUGAGCCAUGUCGCAGAUGUUGCACAUAGAGAUUCCCAACUUCGGGAACACCGUUCUGGGCUGCCUGAACGAGCAGCGGCUGCUGGGGCUCUACUGCGAUGUCUCCAUCGUGGUGAAGGGCCAAGCCUUCAAGGCUCACCGGGCUGUGCUGGCUGCCAGCAGCCUCUACUUCCGAGACUUGUUCAGUGGGAACAGCAAAAACGCCUUUGAGCUGCCGGGGACCGUCCCCCCGGCUUGCUUCCAGCAGAUCCUGUCCUUCUGCUACACCGGCAAGCUGACCAUGGCAGCCAGCGAGCAGCUGGUGGUGAUGUACACGGCGGGCUUCCUGCAGAUCCAGCACAUCGUGGAGAAAGGCACGGACUUGAUGUUCAAGGUCAGCUCUCCCCACUGUGACUCUCAGACCACCAUGAUCGAAGACCCCAGCUCGGAGCCGCAGAGCCCCUGCAACCAGCUGCAGUCGGCCUCGGCUCCUUACGUCAUGUCCCCCUCCAUGCCCAUCCCGCUCCUCACGCGGGUCAAACACGAGAACCUGGAGCUGCAGGCCCUGCCUGGCCUGCCUGGCAAGCGACCCCUGGAGCCUGGAGCCCGGGAGGGGCCGGGUGGCACCGGCAGCACCGGGCCCCUGAAGCUGUCGCGCGUCUCCUACUACGGGAUGCCCAACCUGGCCACGCUGAUCCCCAACGUGCAGCAGGUGCAGUACUCGCAGGGAGAACGCACCAGCCCCGGGGCCAGCAGCAUCCCCACCACCGACAGCCCCACCUCCUACCACAACGAGGAGGAUGAGGAGGAUGACGAAGCCUACGACACCAUGGUGGAGGAGCAGUACGGGCAGAUGUACAUCAAGUCGUCGGGAGGAUACUCUGUUGCCCAAGAGAAGGCAGAGCAGAUCCCGCUGGAGAACCGCUCGUGUGUGCUGAUCCGCCGGGACCUGGUGGCUCUCCCUGCCAGCCUCAUCAGCCAGAUCGGAUAUCGCUGCCACCCAAAGCUCUACUCUGAGGGAGAUCCUGGAGAAAAACUCGAGCUUGUUGCAGGCUCAGGCGUUUACAUCACCCGGGGGCAGCUGAUGAAUUGCCAUUUAUGUGCUGGUGUCAAACACAAGGUCCUGCUCAGACGCCUCCUGGCCACUUUCUUCGAUCGGAACACACUUGCCAACAGCUGUGGAACUGGAAUCCGGUCCUCCACGAGCGAUCCCAGCAGGAAACCCUUGGACAGCAGAGUCCUUAAUGCAGUGAAAUUGUAUUGUCAGAAUUUUGCCCCGAGCUUUAAGGAGAGCGAGAUGAACGUGAUCGCGGCCGACAUGUGCACCAACGCGCGGCGCGUCCGCAAGCGCUGGCUGCCCAAGAUCAAAUCCAUGCUGCCCGAGGGGAUGGAGAUGUACCGCAGCGUCAUGGGCUCCUCCACAAACGCUGGCCCCCUGGAGCCCGACUUCCAGCCCAACACUGCUCAGGUGUUCGAGCAGCGCAUCUAUGCAGAGAGGAGGAGCGACUCGGGGACUAUAGUAGCCUUGAGAACUAACACAGUGAAUGUAGAGCUGAGCAAUGGAUCCAGCCAGUCCUUCGAGCAGAGCGAGGAUGCCGAAGGAGCCGGCUCCGUGAUCCAGGAGGCAGCUGCCACAGAUGCCAUGGUGGCGUCAGAAACCCAAAGCACUCCACAACCUUUCGAGCAAGGCUCGGGCUCCUCCAGCCGGCCCGAAACCCCCGUGAGAAGACAGGAUGGUACUUAUGGAGGGACUUUAUAAAGAGAGCAAACAUUUCAUGACCUAUAAGGGAUCUGUAAUACUAAAGCUGCUUGCAUGCAUUACUAAUACAAAACAAAAAAAAAUGUGAUCAAGCCACUUACCUACUGAACUGCUACUGUUGCCUGAAAAAAAUGUGAUUUUUAUUCUGCUUGUAUUUAAAAUUUAUGAAGGAAAUAAUCGCAUUCGUUAUACUGUAAACGACUAGGUCUGUGGCGACCUACUUAAAAAAAUAUUGGGCUCCUUUUUUGAUAUUCCUGAGAUUAGUCUAUAAGAUUGUAGCU